GCUGAAAGACACCUGGCUCUCGUGGUCGAAACCUCCGCCGAACCGCUCAUGGAACCGUCACGCUGGCGAGAUGAAGGGGAGAGGCCAUGGAGCCAAGCUGAAGGAGCUCAAUGCCUUUGCCGCACAAGGCGCUGUGGCGCCGGCCUGGGAGCUCUUCCAGCUGCUGAAGGCCGCAGCUUCACCUGGGCAGCUUCCGCCCCUCGGUGGAGCGGGGGAGUCCGAGAACGAACUCCGGCUGGAGAGGCGCUUUGUGUGGAACACCAUGCUGAAGGCCUAUGCCAAUGCUGGGGAUGAAGUCAACGCCCGAGUCUUCUACAAGUCCAUGCUGAGUGCGCAAGUGGUGCCCAACGCCAAGACCUAUGGGAAGCUCAUGGAAGCGGCGGCCAAGCGUGGCGAGACCCCCACUGCGAGAGCCUGGAUGACACAAAUGGAGCGGGACAACAUCAAGCCAGGCAUUUUGCACUACUCGCAGCUCAUGGCCUCGGCAGCCCAUGCAGCGAAUUUGGCGGAGGCAGAGAUGCUGGACGAGGAGGUUCGAUCUCUUGGUUUGGUGCCCACUGAGACCUACUACAACAGCCUGCUGAACGCCUGCGCCAAGGCGGGCGACCUGGCAUCCUGCCGGCGCUGGUACCAGGAGAUGUUGCUUCGAGGCUUCCAACCCACGAGUCUCACUUACUCGACGCUCAUCAGUGCGGGUCGCUGGACUGGCGAUGCGCUGAGCGGCUUGGCUUGGGCACGGCAGUGGCCACGGACCAGCUUGGAAGCGUACCAUGCCUUCAUGGACCUGGCAGCCGUGCAUCAAGACCUCCACUUGGCCGUGCGUAGCUUCCACGAGCUGACACAGGUCUUCAUGCCCAGCGUCACCACCUACAACACCCUGCUUUUGGCCUUCGCUCGUGGCGGUGACUUGCGCGCAGCACAGCAGUGGCUCCGGCGGAUGGUUGCCCUCACUGAGGAGCCCAAUGAGGUGACCUACCGCAUCCUCAUACAGUGCUGUGCCCAAGCGGGGGACCUGCUCAGCGCUGCGGGCUAUUUGGAAGAGAUGGAGGCCCAGCACCUCACGGUGGACGUCACCACACGGAAUAUCCUCGCGAAUGCCGCAGCAGAAGCUGGCGACGCAGCUUUUGCCAAAGAGUGGCUCCAAUCGUUGAGGUCGACGACGACGACGCCGGACGCCUUCAGCUUCAACGCCGUCCUGAAGGCUCAGCUCGCUGCUGGCGACCUGCCAGGUGCGGAGGAACACUUCCACAAGUUCUUCGCGGCUGCCGGCCGAACGGUGCAGCCAGAUCUCACAACUUUUGGAAUGCUGAUCAACGCAUAUGCAGAGGUCAAGGAUCACCGACAAGCGUUGUCGUGGUUGCGUGCGAUGCCUCGGUGCCGCCUGAGCCCCACGGUGGUUCAAUACACGCAAGUGCUGAAGAGCUUUACGGAGGAGGAGAAGUCGACGGGUGAGCGGCUCUUUCGGGAGAUGGUGGAAGAUGCACAGCUGCCCACGCAAGUGACGCUGAAGGUGCUGCGUCGCCUAGUGGGGCCCUUGCGAACCCGACGUCUCUUGGAGGACUUGGACAUCGAUGAGUCUUCCCUGGAACCCUUGGUCACUGCCGACGCCCAGAAGCGUCGUUGGGCUGAAAGUGCCCUACGGCGCCAAGAGGCGCAAGUGCGGAAACGCGUGAGCCAUUUGCAGGUGGCGCUUCGCCUGACCCGGAUUUGGGGGCAUGAUGUGGUGAGACUCGAGAAAGCUCAUCCAGGAAAUCCAAGCCAAGGAGCCAACCUCUUGCUCAUGGGCAUCAAAGACCAGAACAUGGUGGGCAAAGUGCGGGUCCUCGUCGGUCCGCGGUCCGUGGUCUUGGCGCGGUUCGGGCGUCGAGGUGUUUUGCAGAAAACCUCGACUUUGGAUAGCUCUGGCACGUCUCUGUUUUCCGCCGAGCUGCUGGAACGAAAGCCGAGCUCCUCACCCUUGCGACGGAAGCUGAUGAACCGCCGUGAGCGACGGUUCUUGAAGACCUUGGCCAGGGUCUUUCUGAUCCGCCGAUCCACCAAGGUCUCCAGCUUGAACGCCGCGUUGACCGCGACCAACGACUCGGUCGCCCUGAGCCGCGACGAGUACGACAAGCGACCUGGAUCCGAUUGGAUCGAGCGCAGAGGAGUGGGGGGGAGGGAAGGCAGUUGA